AUGGCUUGCACCAGGAGAACCAAAACUUUGGUAUCCACAUGCGUGAUCCUGAGCGGCAUGACCAACAUUGUGUGUCUGCUCUACGUCGGAUGGGUGACUAAUUAUAUCGCCAAUAUUUACAUCAAAGUGCCCUUGCCUUUCACCGAGAGAAAGUUCGAGGAAGUGGAUAAAAGAUCCGGAGACACUCUCCGGCUCAUGGAGAGACUCGAUCGCCUGGAGAAUGUGGUCAAUCAACACAUACAAGAGGCUCCAGCCCGAGGAGAGGAUGAACAGACCGACACAUCGUUUUCAGACACGUCUCUAUUUGCUCACUGGGGUCAGGAGCUGAGCGCCGACAAUCGACGAGUGGCGCUUAAGAUGUUCCAGUACUACGGCUACAACAGCUACCUCAGUGACCGUCUCCCAUUAGACAGGCCUAUAGCGGAUCUCAGGCCUACUGGGUGCAGUAACAUCACUUAUCCUUUAAACCUCCCGCAAGUGAGCAUCGUGUUCAUUUUCGUCAACGAAGCUUUGUCUGUCAUCCUGCGGUCUAUUCACUCCGCCAUCAAUAGAACCCCCUCACAUCUCCUCAAGGAAAUCAUUCUGGUGGACGACAACAGCAAUAACGAAGAGCUGAAGGAGAAGCUGCAGGAUUUUGUGUUGGAGACUAACAGCGAGCGCCCGGGUUUCAUCAAGAUGGUGCGGCAUGCCAAGCAGGAAGGCCUGAUCCGGUCCAGGGUGAGCGGCUGGCGAGCCUCCACCGCUCCGGUCGUUGCCCUCUUCGAUGCCCACGUGGAGUUUAACGUCGGCUGGGCUGAACCCAUUCUUCAGAGAAUUAAAGAGGACAGGACUCGCAUCAUCUCCCCUUCGUUUGAUAACAUCAAGUACGACACAUUUGAGAUUGAGGAGUACCCGCUGUCUGCCCAAGGCUUUGACUGGGAACUGUGGUGUCGCUACCUUAAUCCCCCUAAGUCCUGGUGGCACAAGGGGAACAAAAGUGCUCCCAUUCAGAGCCCAGCCCUGAUUGGCUGCUUUGUGGUGGACAGGCUGUAUUUUGAGGAGAUCGGUCUGUUGGAUGAAGGCAUGGAGGUGUACGGGGGGGAAAAUGUGGAGCUGGGCAUUAGGGUGUGGCAGUGUGGCGGCAGUGUGGAGGUCCUGCCUUGCGCCCGCAUCGCCCACAUUGAGCGUGCUCAUAAACCUUACACAGAGGACCUGACGGCUCAUGUUCGACGCAACGCCCUUAGAGUCGCAGAGGUGUGGAUGGAUGAGUUCAAGAGUCAUGUUUACAUGGCCUGGAACAUUCCUCAAGAGGACUCAGGCAUUGACAUUGGAGACAUCACAGAAAGGAAGGCUCUGAGGAAGAGGCUACAGUGUAAAACCUUCAGAUGGUACCUAGUCAACAUCUACCCUGAGAUGAGGAUGUACAGCGAAACUGUCGCAUACGGCGUACUAAAAAAUUCUCUGAAGAAUGAUGUGUGUCUGGAUCAGGGACCUGACAAUGACAACGUCCCCAUCAUGUACCUCUGUCACGGAAUGACACCGCAGAAUGUGUACUACACCAGUAAUCAGCAGCUCCUGGUCGGUCUCCUCAGUCCUACGGUUGAUGACGACGACAACAAGUGCCUGGUGGAUGUGAACAGCAGGCCACGCCUCAUCGAGUGUGGCUACGCAACAGCCAAACGCAUGAAACUGCACUGGCUCUUCACUCAGGGAGGAUCCAUUCAAAACAAGAAAUCAAGGAGAUGUCUGGAGCUCGUAGCAAACAGUGACAAUGAGUUUGGUUACCAACUGGCUUUGCAGAAAUGCACUGGACAGAAGUGGUUCAUCACAAACAUGAUGUAUAGCAAUUCCCCAUGA